AUGGCGAAAGACGAUCCUGUUGCCUUGGAGGUUUGGGAGAAGGUGGAAAUGUUCGCAUUGGUGGCGACACAGGAUGUCGAGACUAUGAGUGUCUGGAUGUCUAUAUGGACCGGGAUCCCAGCGGGUGCACGGAUCGCCGAGCCACGGGUCAUGGGUUUUUCCGUUGCCAAAUUUGGAAAUCUGAGCUGGGAGACCCAUCAUGGGCAGGACCGGGUGUUUGCCAGCAUAUUGACGCUGAGCCAAGAACGGUCGAUCACGUCAGCCUGCACCCCCAGCAUCCAAUCACCGGGCCCAGAUAUGCCAAGCCUAGCUGAGUCAUCGAAUGCCAUGGCGGCUAGAUUCCAAAGUGGCUUAGCGCAAGGAGUUCACGAGUCCGGGCGCAGACGGAGCACAUGA